GCGGCGGCCGGGGCCGGGGCGCGGGCCGGGGGCGCCGGGGGGCCGGCGGCGGCCCGGGCGGGACGAUGAAGCGGCAGAACGUGCGCACGCUGGCGCUCAUCGUGUGCACCUUCACCUACCUGCUGGUGGGCGCCGCGGUCUUCGACGCGCUGGAGUCGGAGCCGGAGAUGAUCGAGCGGCAGCGGCUGGAGCUGCGGCAGCAGGAGCUGCGGGCGCGCUACAACCUCAGCCAGGGCGGCUACGAGGAGCUCGAGCGCGUCGUGCUGCGCCUCAAGCCGCACAAGGCCGGCGUGCAGUGGCGCUUCGCCGGCUCCUUCUACUUCGCCAUCACCGUCAUCACCACCAUCGGCUAUGGCCACGCAGCGCCCAGCACAGACGGCGGCAAGGUGUUCUGCAUGUUCUACGCGCUCUUGGGCAUCCCGCUCACGCUGGUCAUGUUCCAGAGCCUGGGCGAGCGCAUCAACACCUUCGUGAAGUACCUGCUGCACCGCGCCAAGAGGGGGCUGGGCAUGCGGCGCGCCGACGUGUCCAUGGCCAACAUGGUGCUCAUCGGCUUCUUCUCGUGCAUUAGCACACUGUGCAUAGGCGCCGCCGCCUUCUCCUACUACGAGCACUGGACCUUCUUUCAGGCCUACUACUACUGCUUCAUCACGCUCACCACCAUCGGCUUCGGCGACUACGUGGCGCUGCAGAAGGACCAGGCGCUGCAGACGCAGCCGCAGUACGUGGCCUUUAGCUUCGUCUACAUCCUCACGGGCCUCACGGUCAUCGGCGCCUUUCUGAACCUCGUGGUGCUGCGCUUCAUGACCAUGAACGCCGAGGACGAGAAGCGCGACGCCGAGCACCGCGCGCUGCUCACGCGCAACGGGCAGGCGGGCGGAGGCGGCGGCGCGGGCUGCGCGGGUGGCAGCGCGCACACCACGGACACCGCCUCGUCCACGGCGGCGGCGGGCGGCGGCGGCGGCGGCGGCUUCCGCAACGUCUACGCCGAGGUGCUGCACUUCCAGUCCAUGUGCUCGUGCCUCUGGUACAAGAGCCGCGAGAAGCUGCAGUACUCCAUCCCCAUGAUCAUCCCGCGGGACCUCUCCACGUCCGACACGUGCGUCGAGCAGAGCCACUCGUCCCCGGGAGGGGGCGGCCGCUACAGCGACACGCCCUCGCACCGCUGCCUGUGCAGCGGGGCGCAGCGCUCCGCCAUCAGCUCCGUGUCCACGGGCCUGCACAGCCUGUCCACCUUCCGCGGCCUCAUGAAGCGCAGGAGCUCCGUGUGAACGCCCGGCGGGGCCUGCAGGACCGGGAGCGCGGGCGGGGGCCUCCUGCCCGGAGGAGCAGCGGCGGGGGUGGUUGCGAGAAGACCGCCCUAGCCGCCUUCGGCCCCUUGGGGUGCCCCUACAUCCCUACAACCUUCCCCCCCCCGCCCCCCAUCUCCAACUGUGCCUGCUUGAACCAGCCCGCAGGUGCCCGGGCUCUGAGGACCCCUGGAGCCCCCACUGCGCCCUGCAAAUUCCGAGAAAUGUGAAACUUGGGGGAGGGGGGGUUCGGGGGAGGAAAGACAGAAGCUGGGAGCCUCCCAUCCCUUUG